AUGAAUUUAAGCCGUAAUCUUUUGCCUAAAUUAAAAAAGAAGAAGAAAAAAAAAAAGGAGAAUAAAUUACUAGACGAGGAGUUAAACAAGAUAGAGGAGAAAUGGUUUAAGACAGACCGCGCAACAGACAAGGAAACAGCGGCAUUAUCACAAAGAGAAGAAAUUUUAGAAUUUAUACAAAAACAAGAUGAGUUCAAAAAUAUAAAGAAAACAUGUCCUGAUGAAGAGGAAGCACCGAAAGAAAAGAAAAAGACGAGAAUUAUAAAAAAUGAUAAGGAUUUAUUAAAAGAGUUACAAAAGCAAAUUGACGAGAAAAAGCUCGAAAAAGAAGAACAAAAUAAAGAAAACAUGAAAAGAGAAGAAAUUGAAACUAUUUACUUGUCAAAUCUAGAGAAAAAGCAAAAAGAAGAUGAAAAAAAUAUUAUUUUAAAAAAUAAGGAAAGCGCGUUAAUCUUAAAAAAUCAGAUUCAGGAAAAUUUUAUAAAGAAACAAGAAGAAGAAAGAUUAAAAAUAAUAGAAGGAAAACUAAUGCAAAAGCAGUUUGAAAAAAAUAAAAUUGAAGAGUUAGAAAAAAGAAAAGAAAAAAUAGAAGAGCAAAAAGUUUUGUACAAUUACAUUUUGGAAAGCAACCAGAAACACAUUGAAAGCAUAAAGGAGCAGAAGAUAGAGGAAAAGCGGAAGGAUGCCACAUAUAUACAAUAUUUGGAGGAAAAGGAAAAGAGAGAAAAAGAAUAUGAGGAAAAAAUUAAAAAGGAAAAAGACGAAAAAGAAAAGGAAAUUCAUGAAAUUAGAAUGAAGCAAAAAAAAAAUGUGGAACUACAGGCUCACUUCGAUGAAAUACAAGCAAUGAAGUGGCAAAAAGAAACCAAACGUAAAGAGGAAGAAAAACGAAUUUUAGAAGAGGAAGAAAAGAAGAAAAAAAUAGAAGAAUUAAAAAAUGCAAGAAUAGUUGCAAUGGAGGAGAAAAAGAAAAAAAAAAUUGAGGAACAGGAGGAAGACAAAAAGGAGGCUGAAAAUUUGAAGAAAAUAUAUGAACUCCAUGAAACAGAAAAAAAAGAGGAAGAAGAAAAUGAGAAAAUAAAAAAGAAAAAUUAUCACGAAAGUUUAACAAAAUUGAUUAAUUUAAAAAAAAAAAAGGGCAAUAAAAAAUGUUAA